UGAAAAAAGUUUUAAUACAGAGUUGGAUUACAGCUCUCUGUAGCUCAAAACAUUGGCCGUUAUACUACCGUCUUAAAAGGCAGCUGUAACACAGAGCACAGAAUAUAGCAUAUUUUUAAAGUUUCUGGACCACAAAUUAAUUGAGUUCCUUUGUGAGUCCAGAUGGAAGAUCAGUUAAUAACAUUAAUGUGAAUCUGAUUACCUGAUUACUUGUGAGAUUAUCAGAUAAAACCAAGCAAAUGCUUAAACUUUUUUCAAAUGUGUCUAAAGAACAGUCUAGGAAAUGACAUUGUCUAGGUGAAUUAUAAUUGUGUUGGAUGAGACAACAGUUAUUUACUUUCUCACGUGCUUAUUCCGUUUGGAUUUACAACUGAAAUUCUGGAAGUUUUUUUUUAAAUUGUUGCAAGAAAUGCAUUUCGAAACAGAGCCUUCCAGCUGUAUGAUAUCAACUGCGUAGUAAUCUGUGGAUCUUAAACAUGAGAAUGUACAAACCGUGGGCAACCUUGAAUAUUUUCAUGGUGUCUUUUCUGCAUCUCCUGCAGGGAUCUGAUUAUGAGUAUGGACCUGUGAAGAGGGCAUCUCUGUCAGCAUUGGAACGGUCAGAACAGCUGAUAAGGAACGCAGCCAGUCUGGAAGAGCUGCUUCGAAUCACUCACGCGGAGGACUGGAAGCUGUGGAAAUGCAGACUAAAACUCAAAAGCCUCUCCCAUUUAGAUUCCAGAUCUGCAUCGCAUCGCUCCACCAGAUUUGCUGCUGCUUUCUAUGACAUUGAGACACUGAGAGUCAUAGAUGAGGAAUGGCAAAAAACUCAGUGUGUGCCAAGGGAGACCUGCGUGGAAGUUGCCAAAGAGCUAGGUACAACCACCAACAAGUUCUUUAAGCCUCCCUGUGUGAAUGUGUUCCGAUGUGGAGGUUGCUGCAAUGAGGAGAGCCUGGGCUGUAUGAACACAAGCACAACUUAUGUUUCAAAAACGCUCUUUGAGAUUUCAGUUCCUUUGACAAGUGUACCAGAGCCAGUGCCAGUCAAAAUUGCCAACCACACACGUUGUAGAUGCUUAUCAACUGCUCAGCAUCACCAAUAUGCCAUCAUACGAAGAUCUGUCCAGUACCCAGAGGAGGAUGGUUGCCCCUUUACCAACAAACUUUGUCACAGCGGCUUGAUAUGGGACAGCAACAAAUGUGAAUGCGUGGUAGAUAAAGAACAUCCUGGCAGAAGGGAAGGACUCCCUCCUCUUGCUGAGCUGGCUAAGUGUGGACCACAUAUGGAAUUUGAUGAAGAUAAUUGUGAGUGUAUCUGUAGAUGGAAAUGUCCCACCGAUUUUUUCCAAAAUAAAGAGAACUGCAGCUGCUAUUUGUGUAGGGAGAGCCAGGAGAGCUGCUCUCAGAAACACAAGAUAUUUCAUGCAGAAACUUGCAGGUUUGCCCUUUCAUGUGGAACUACUGGACCUAUCCAUUCCAUGUCUUCCCAAUCUCCUCCCAUGCAAGGGCAUUACAUUUUGGCUGUGAGGACAAGUGCCCAUUCCAACCCAGAACAUGUUCAACUGCAAAGCCAGUGUGUACAAAGCAUUGUCGUUGUCCAAAGGAGAAGAGAAGCUCUCAUGGGUCACAAAGCAAAGAAAAUCCUUGAUCUAGCUUUCCCCCUCUCUCCCAGAAACACACUGCUUUGCAAAGUAGCUGUCACUGACUUUUAAAUCAUUAGUAAACAUGGGACAUCUUCCACAUUAAUCGCAGAAGAAUGAAUCCAGUCUGCAUUUAUUUAUUAGAUUAAUCACUAACUAUUAGUGGACCCUCUGGGUCAUUGAUAGCUGUCUUCUAAUGGAUAACUACAGUAGAAAGAUUACCAGCUGUAGGAAAGGAAGAGUGGAAGGAGCCAACUCAACACUGUUAUAUGGAGGAUGAGACUGGUAUAUGUGUAGUAGAGUGAACGUCACCGUCCAGCAGUUCAGGAAUUUGAACUAAAUAGUCUCUGAAUUCUUAGCUAGUGCAUCUCUUUGGUGAAACAUUCUUCAGAGCUUCAGUGUACAGAAUUUGGCUUCUAAUAUGUUCAGCACUGAAUGAUUUGAUCUACUGUCCAGCUUUGAUUAUCAUUUUGAGUUUAUCAUACAACUACUGUCAGAUGUGCCAUAUUUAAAUGUAUAUAAGAAAAUAAAUACUUCAGUUAUUCAGUAAGCUGUUUAUUAUCCU